AUGUCAGGUUUUAAGGCUCAAAAAGCUAGGAAUAAGCCUAUUGUUUUGAAUUUAUUAAAUUGUAUUAAAUAAGGUUAUGAUGGUAAACUCUAUGAUGUCAUGGAUGUAAAUACUUAUAUUUAAUUGGUGAGUGACAAAUAAUAAUCUCAAAACAUUCCUAAAUCUUUAAAGUGUAAAUGUAACAAAUCUAUGUGUUUAAAACAAUAUUGUGAUUGCUUUGCAAAUGGUAAUAUGUGUACUACUCAAUGUUAAUGCCAGGGGUGUCAUAAUACUGAAGAUUAUAAAGAGGAAAGAGGUGAAGCCAUAAAUAAAUUGAAAUUGCAAAAUUAAUCAAUUGAGAAAGAAGUACCUGUUGGAAUUAGUUGCAAAUGCAAAAAAUCGAAAUGCUUAAAACGUUAUUGCGAUUGUUUUCAGAACAAUUAGAAAUGCCAUGAAAGUUGCCAAUGUUCUAAUUGCUCAAAUUAACAGGAAAAAGUAGAGUAGGGAGAUCAACGAUUAAUGAUGAAUUCUAUUUCAUAAUUUGAUGAAAACAGCAAAUUGCCAAAGUCACCAAUAGUGUAUAACAGACAAGGGUUUUUCAGAAGAAAUGAUAGUAUGAACUAUUCGAAUUCUUUUGGAUACUCCAGAAGAAUGCUCGUACAACAUGAUGGACCAUACUUUUUAAAGUAAGACUCGUAAGGUUUUAAUUGA